ACUGUUUACGAAUAUUACAUCAAUCUUCUUAUACUUACGAUCUCAUAUUCUGAAUCACCUAUAUCGACAAUGUCUGGCCAAGGAUACAAUCUCUACAAAGUCCAAUACACAUUAGGAAUGCAAGACCCUCUAAUGGGUAGCGAGACGAGAUAUCAUACUGUUCUCUUUGUCGAGACGAAAGCAGACGGAGGAGGGCACACCUUUCAAGUCAAUGGUGACUUGGUAUCGGGCAUGAGUUACGAAUCCAUAUCAGGUCCAAACCCAGAACUAUCCCAGACCUAUUUUGCAAAGACACACCUCGGACGUAUCCGCAUCGAAGACUACCCAGAACGUUUGGACGGAUUGCUGCAGACAGUGCCGCCACCUCCUCGCCAGAGGGCAUUCAAUGUCAAGACGAUGCGCACCGAGCAAAUCAAACCAGAUGGGACAUUUUAUCAAGCCGAUGAGCAGAGACCACCGUUCAUCAAGUGCACUGAAUGGACCGAACAACAAGCUCUUCCAGCCUUGUAUCAGCAUCAGCUGCUGCACAACAAUUUACAACAAGCUCCGCUGGGGAGGUAGUGGGUAGUGGAGCAGUAGUCAAACUGCCCAAGUUGCGAAUGGCGCUCCUGUUAUUUGAACGCAAGGAGUAGGUCUAGCAGGACUAGAAGCUAGUUUGUAGAGUACAUCUGGAGGUUAAGACAACAAGUUAUUAGCAUCUAGUGGGGUUUUACCAUGUAUUACCCGUUUCUUCUAGUUUCGGCUCCCUUUUAAUAGCUUUGUUGGUUGGCGCGGUGCCUAGCAAACUGAAAGACAUCGACGAGCCAGCAGGUUCGAAUUUAAUGCUCAGAAUAUUAGGUCUUUAUGCACC